CUCAACGAGGCUGCUUCCUUCCCAAACUUUCUUUCAAAGUAACUAAUAAUUUGUACCCAACCAACCCAACCCUUCUAUCCUGAAAUCACUUCACCCUUUUGUAGAUUAAUUUUUUUCCUUGCCUUUUUUUAUAUCUUUAAAAUUUUCCGUAUUUCCUCGUGAUAAUAAACUUUUGAACAUUGUUAGUAAGUGCGGAAUUCCGGUGUCAUCCGUCGAGUAGAAUGAUCGGUAUUUGGCAUAACCACGAGAACACUGUGGCUUUAAGCGGAGGUCGGGGCCGAUAGUACUACGUCGGAGGCACGCGCCGGCCUCCUCGCAGCCCCUCACACCGCUCAGCCAUGGUUCGCGAUAAGAAACCACAGAAGACCGACUCGCAGAAAUCGAGUACGAACUUGGUAGGCAAGUUCACACAGAGCGUCCGCCGAAUAGUACAAGACGUCAAAGAUGAAGGAACCUCCAGCGGUCAGACUAAAGAAGAGGUCAUUGAGACGAACGAGCGUCUCCGUGCAGUCAGGGUGCGCCUCGACGAGAACUACGACAUAGCCAAAAAGGCCCUAGUCACGCUAAUGGCCAGAUACAGCGAGUCUAAAUCACAACGCAACGUCUUCACCAGAUACGCAUUACUCAAAGCCAUGAUCAAGGACGUCAUACGCUUGGAAACCCAGUAUUGGUCGUUGGUAGAAAUUCCCCGUCAGGAGAAAGCAGAAACUGUUCCCGCUUUUGUACUUCGUGCUUGUGCCAUCAUGGAGAAAACCCAGAAAUCGGGAGAAGGUGUUAAAACUUCUCAGAAACUGGCAGAAGAAGCUGCUGAUCGAAGGGAGCGGAUAGAGCGUCUGAACGAUAUGACAACAUCUCAGAUAGAAACCGAGAACACUCAAAUGACUAACGAUCUGUACCGUCUACUCAAGAAAUACACCGGCCUGAGGAAUCUCAUCAGAGAAUUAAAGUCGGAAUACAGCAGCUCGAAGGUGUACCCGAUGUUCCCGCGGUACACAAUGCUCAAGGACAUGAUCAAGGACAUCAUGCAUGACCCCGACUACAUGGAGGUCUGCCAUGAGGUGGACCCAUAGCGCGGGGUCCGCAAAUAAAUGAGACACUCUUUCACCGACCGCCAGAGAUCGACUCGUCGCUAGAAGGUACCAUGCCUUGUUGGAUAACUGGGAAAUUAUGUCUACCAUUAUAAAGUUAGUGUAAGCGGAAUAUUCCAUUUCCUAAAGAUUUUAAUCAAUAUAAAUACGUUAUUUACUUAUACUUUAUCCAGAGGUCGUUUUAUAAAAAUUAGUCACAAUAAUGUACAGUGAUAAAAAUAAUGCUCAUCAUUUAUUUUUAAAAUAAAAAUUGAUUAUUUGGUAUCUACGAGUAUAUUGGUAUCUAUAUUUAUGACUUGACCCAAAAUAACCAAAGGUAUUUGUGGUAACUCUACAAAUAGUAUUAGUAUUUAAAUUGAAUUUGUAGCAUGACUUCUAUGUUGGUAGACAUAAGGGAUGUUCGAGUGGCAUUAGCGGCGGCCAGUGAGACGAGUACUCAUAUUAUUUGCGAUAAUUUCUUUAUUGGACUCUUAAGUGUGAAUUAGAUUUAAGUUGUGUACGUGAAUGUACUCGCCACUAACUUAUCCGAAGAUGCGCAUGUAAUUUCAAAAAGUGUUUAGAUUUAUUUUAUAAAUCUAUUACGUAUAAAUAGUUUCCAUUUCGAUGCCUCCAAUGAACACUACGCUAACUCCAAAUUCGUAGAUUUGCAGGAGGAGCGUUUAAACGAAAAAGUUGAUAAAAUCUUUAUUAUUGCAGAUAUAUUAAUGGUUUUUUUGUGUAACUAGCUGAGUUACUCUUACUCCCCAUCAAUAAUGAUUAAUUAUAAUACUUUUAACAUACUGAAGCGAUUUGCGUGAAAAACGAAAAUUUCAAAUUUUUGAGUUAGAGUAGUGUUCAUUGGAGGCAUCGAUUUAUACGUAAAUUUAGUUUAAUAUUGUCUUAUUUACAAAAACCAGAUUUUUCAUAAGAAUAAAACUGUCCAUAAAUCAUGACGGCCAAAUUUAAAUAGUAAGUAUUAAACUCUUCGAUCAACAAUUGUUGUUGAUCGAAGAUUAAACUACAAAGUGUACGUUUUUCUGUGAGUUGACCAAACUCGCAUGGGACUUGUUCACUUAGCACCCGCCCGUUUUGAAAUCCGAUCCGAUUUGGUAAGAAUUCAAUUUGGUCGGCUUUUAUCAUAAUAUUCUCUCGCUGUAUCAUAUCAAUGAUGAGCUUCUUAUUGUUGUCUAUAAUAUACAUUCAAAUUUUACUAAUAAUUCUAUUGGAUCUACUGAUCAUAUCUUCAGGUAUCUCGUAAUCUAUAAACGUAUUUUAUGGGUCUAAUAUUUCCCUUCUCUAGAUUAAAUGUCGUGUUUUGUAGAUUUAAGGAUAUUUAUUCAGUGAACUCACAAAUACAAAUGUAGGAAUUGAAAAAAAAAUAGUUUUUAUAAUGUUGUUUCGUUGUUUUAGAAAAUUUACAUUUCAAAUGAUUUUAUAUUUUCUUUCUUACGCAAUAUUUGCAGUAGAUAAUUUCGUAGACUACCAUGAUCUAUUGAAAUAGUAGGUAUUCUGUAAUAGUUAGUACGGUUAAAUACUUAUCAUAUACCAUGUAAUAUCUAUAAAUAUGGGUGUAACAGUAAAUUAGUAUUUGUAGUGAAUUAUUGUAGGUUAUUAAAUUUUGUUUAAAUCAUUUAUCUUCCAACACUGUGCCAAAUAUGCUAAGUGCUUUGAAAACAAUGAUUACUAUAUUUGGUAGUUGUCACAUAAGAUUGUUGUUAUCUUGGACAAUUUAGAUCGACGUAUGUUUGAUUGAAUUAUUGGAUAUGCUACACUAAUCCCAUAAUUACUAGAUAAUUCAGAAUGAGUGUAGGAACAUUUUACAUAAAGUACAUACUUUAACAAGAAGUAGACGGGUGUUUACCACGCUUUUCAGCAAAAUAGCGAACUCAUGAGAUGAGUGGUAAAAACUCGGUAAAUAGUAGUAGUGUAUGUUAUUAUAAAUAGUCGCCAAAGUUUAAAACAAUUCGUAAAGUUUUUAAAUUUUUAUCAUUACAUGCGUUAAACAAAAGCUUUGUAAGUAUCUAUUGUGUACAUAUCAAAGUAGUUAUAAACAGACCUCACCACAACACAGCAAUACCAUUUUGUUCGUGGUUACGUGGUACCGGUGUAUUAAUUAAGCUUAGUACAUUUAAUGUUUCAUUUAAAUCGGUUUGAGAAUUUGAAAUAAUAGUCGAUUUCAAAGCGCGUAUGUACGUGCCAAUGAUCCAAAUAAAUAAAUAUAAAAUGUUUAGGUAGUUAUAAUUUUGUAUCCUUCUAUCAUCACUUUUUAUAAUGCUACAAAUUUUAGAUUGUGAUCAAUGAAAUUUUUGUAAAGGAUGUUGUUAUUAGUAAUGAGUUAUUAAAUAAUCAAAGUGUAUUAAUUAAGGCUUUGUGCUAAAGUACUAGUAUAAUGUAUGUUACAAUUGAAUAUGAAAGCGAAUAGUGAGGCAAUGUUGUAGAAUAUAAAUAAUCGAUACUAUUAACAAAAGUAACUGUAGUAUAGAAAAUAGUUGAAUUAGUAAUUGAGUACUUAGUUUCGUAAUUUCUUUUUAUGCGAAACUGUUUAGAAAAAAGUAAUGUAAUAAACUUCUAGUCUCAGAUAUUGUCAUCUUAUGUUUAUAUGUUUGCAAGAAAAUUUUACCUAGCAAUGUUUAAAACAUACAUAGUUCGUAAUAUUACCUUCCGCACUAUUUAAAACUCUAUUACGUAGUCAAGUAGAAUAUGCGGGAGUUGUAUAAAACUUCCCUUACUAUAGUUCACAUAGGCAUUAUAUUAUUUUAGUAAAAUGAAUUGAUAUUGCAAACAAUAUUACAUUUAAUUUUAUUCUAUAUUAGAUCAUAGUAGUAAAGUAACGGUCACUUUUUGAGUGAUCGAUCAGCAAAAAAAUUUAUUGAAUGUAUUAACUGUAUUGAAAUUUAUUGAAUGAUAUUCUCUCAUUCUAUUUUGUUGAAGUUGGUUCUCGCUAAUUUUUUGUAUUAUGUACAUAUACAAAAAAUUGUAUGUAUGUAUCAACACAUAUUUUAUUUUUAUUGUAUACCAUAAGGCGUAAAGUCAAACUUUUCCGUAAUUUUCGGGUCUUCAGUCUUAAUGAAACUUAAAGAUUAAACUUUAAGUUAUUAGUACGUUAAGUUUCUCAGCGGAAAUUAAAACAUAAAUAAAAAAAGCAUGAGCUAUCUUAUACCUGCAUAAUAUUAUUUUUUGGAAGUACUCGACAAGCUAUAUCUCGCGCCUUUGUUUAAUUUCCCCAUACUUGCACACUUUAACAGAUGCUAAACCUCCUAACGCCCGCAUCAGUCGGUAUGUUUCUCGCCGAAUCUUCUUAGCGGGUUGCGAUUCCGAUCCGGUAGUAGAUUCAUUCGCGAAGCAGUUGCUCUUGAGUUGUUAGGUCUCCCUUGGAGGGGCUCGGGUGGGUGUUAGCAAAUCCCACGCCUCCUGGCUGAGCCCUUGCUCACCCACCUGUCCUUAUGAAACUGGAAAGGCCUCUUGGUCACCUGUAAUCCCUUAUUCAUAAGGAAAAAGAUACUAAAUCUUUAAUUAACUACCAUUAUUUCAUGUACAAAUGUAGAAUGGAACCCAAAGAAACAUUAAAUUAAAAAAAACAAAUCACACAACGUCACUCCUCGUGUUCCCGCCAAAAAGUCAUGUUUCUGUUUUAAUACUCUGUUCAUUUACAUUGAUAAACUUUUUACAUGCGUUCUUGUACUAAGAUUUAACCCAAAAAAUUAAUUCUGUUUUUAUAUAUCGUUCCAAAAUUUAUAAUGUCGCCACAUAGGUUGAUUUUUAGGUUAUAAUAUCUACUGUAUGUACUAGUUUAGUAGAAAUACUUGUUUCUAGAUAUGUAUUGAAUAAAUUUAAUGAAUAUCGGUGUAAAGCAAAUGCAAGGCAUUGUUAGAUAGAGCUUGUAAUUGGAUGUAAACAAAAAUAUAUGUAGGUAUCAAAAAGAAAAUGCGUUGCGAAUAUGAGUGUUGCUUUGUGUAAUACAACUUUUUUUGUGCA